GUUCCUAUUCCACCACAAUAAACCAACACGUGAGAGUUCACUAUUGUGAAACAAACUCAAGUGGGUGAAAAUGGACGAAGAACAAACGGGGGGCUACAGCGAUAUAUGUGGCCAGUGUGGAGAGGUGAACUGGGGGGUGUCGGAUGAGGGUCGGUUCUACUGCAGGUCCUGUCAUAAUGUCAUCGAGAGAACAAAAGAAGUGGUGGAUACAAACACUUUUAUGGUUGGUACCAGCAGAGUGUCCUCCAUCUCCAAGGGAACCAGAAGGAAAAAACUAGAGCAAGGGCGAGAGUGGAUGGUGUGUGAGGGCUUUCAGUUCAUCCUAAAGCACCAGGCUGAGGCUCUUCUGGCCAUGGGAGUCUGCCCACAGUUCAAGGAUGACGUGCUGUGUCAGUUUUGGAGAAUGUACCUACAGAAGAGCCGACAGGCCUACACCAAGAAUCCUGUGCAUGAUGGGAAAUUUAGACUGCGUUCUCAGGGCUCUGGGGAGUCAGACAGUGCUCCGGAGUCGUCAGUGAUGAGUGACUCUAUGAUGUCUGCCUCUGAGACAGACGGGGAUGGAGAUUGGGCAAGUGGAGGAGGCUCUGUCUCAGGUCACACCAGUGACGGAGCCUCCUCGGUGUGUUCCGGUUCUAUUGAUGCCGUCUCGUACCUGACCACGCGCCAGAGGAGGAGCCAGGGGUUGAUGAGCAUGCCCAAGACCCUGGCACUGUGCCACCUGGCCCUGCUGUGGGCCAGAGAGGCCAUCACACUGGCAGACCUGCUCAGGUUUGUGAAUGAGGGCCACAUCCCCUAUGUGAACGCCUACGAGGACUUCCCAGAGGAGAUGAAGCUCUACGGCCGAGACUCACUCAUCUUCAGAGUGGAGUCUAUCCCCUCUUACCGCCACCUGCACAAGGAGGCCCAGACCCUGGCUGUGUUCCUGGAGCUUCCCCUGUUCCCCCCCAUCACCCUGGACUGCCUGCUGCACCCCUCCCUGCUCACUCUCCGCUACCUCACCGAAGCCAACCUGCCCGAUGAGCUGCAUGACUGGGUGUGCAGGAUCAUGGAGAAGGCUGGUAUGGAGUCGUCCGUGACCUUUGAACCCAUGAGGUCCAGAUCCCCUCUCCCACACUACGAUGUCCAGGCUGCUGCCCUGAUCAUCAUCGCCAUGAAGCUGCUCUUCAAACUAGACGACCACACUGAGUGGGAUUUAUCCAAUGAUGCAAGUGACAAGAACAAGGAGAACCCAGAUGGGAACAGCUUUAACCUGAGGUGGUGGUACAGGGCAAUGCAGACUGCCCUGACCACAGCUGCACGGAGACAGCAGGACAAUAUAGCCAGAAAGCAUUGGAAGCCCCAGAAACCUCUAUAUACCUCGAAGAAAGACAAGUCGGUCAUUCUCAAAAGGAGACGUAUUGCAGAGCAGCUCCAGUUGAGUUUCCAGAAACUGUCUGGUUCCCCUGUGGCCCCACCAUCCACCCCUCCCUCCAGCUUCUGUUUCCGCUGGGGUGAGGAGGGGGAGGAGGUCUGGGACGGGCCCAGCCAUCACCACCUGACCCUGGACAGCAGCGUCCGGCAGAGAGGGGCAAGCCUCCAGCCCGCCAACCCAGAAUACUGGCACCCAGCCCUGAGGGCCUGCAAGCCCAGGUUUUGUAAGAGCCACUAUGCGGAGAUAGAGGUCACUCUCCCCAGGAUGUACGUGUGGCUGUUGGACCUCUUCUCCUUCCUCCUGGGGGUUAAACCUGGCUGUGUAUACGAAGAGGUACUGAAGGUGGAGAGGCGCUUCCUCGGGAGCAGCAAGUCCCAGCCCAGGGCAAGAGCUACGCCCAGAAAGACACAGCCCAAAAAACUACACAAACGCAAACAAACCAGUAAAACAUGUUCUCGGUGACUAAAGAGAGAGUGACUUCAUCGGGAACAACUGUCGAUUAUUUAUAUGGUUUUUGUAUCAAUGCAAAUUGAUUGUGCUUUUUUUGUACAAAUUGUCUCAUUGCAUUGCCAAGGAUGAAUGGCAAUGCUCCUGUGAUUACAACGCAAUAUGAAGUUCAUGAAAAUGUACUUUUUAAAUUAUAUUAAACUGUUCUGUUAUUACAAUGUUAUAA